CACCGGCCGCGCGCCGUGGACCGUGGAUAAUCUCCCGCAGAGGAAAAGUUUCCCUCCCGGUUUGGAGACGAGUUCCAGAAACAUGCGCCAAGCUGCGGAGCCGGAAACAGCACGAGCGGGUCGGAGGAGCGCGUGAAGAACUUCUCCCCCCUGCGGGACAUUCUCCGGAGUACCAUGGAUCGCGGUUCCUUCCUCACGCAGACCUGGAGCUUCGGGAGGAGGCGCUGAUGAAGAGGAGGAUGAAGGUGAUGGUUUCUCGCGGGUAGGAUUCCGAGCACAGAGCGGGUCAUUACAUGGAGACUCGCCUGACAUGCCCAGGAAGGAGUUGCCACUACCUGAGGGUUGGGAGGAGGCCAGAGACUUCGAUGGAAAGGUCUACUACAUCGACCACAUCAACCACUGCACGAGCUGGAUCGACCCCAGAGACAGGCAGACGAAGCCUCUGACGUUUGCCGACUGUAUCGGAGAUGAGCUGCCGAUCGGCUGGGAGGAGGCGUACGACCCCCAAGUCGGAGCUUACUAUGUCGACCACAACUCCAAGAAGACCCAGCUGGAGGACCCGCGGGCCCAGUGGCAGCGGGAGCAGGAGGCCAUGCUGCGGGACUACCUGGCCGUGGCCCGGGACGCCCUCAGCGCCCAGAAGGAGAUCUACCAGGUGAAGGAGCAGAGGCUGCGGCUGGCGCAGCAGGAGUACCGGCAGCUGAACGACGCCUGGAGGGACAAGACCACGUCUCAGACCAGCUUGAAUUCAAGAUCAUCGUCUUCCAGCAAGUACGACCCCGACAUCCUGAAAGCAGAAAUAGCCACAUCUAAAAGUCGGGUGAACAAGCUGAAGCGGGACCUGGCCUGUAUGAAGCAGGAGCUGCAGUUCAAAGAACAAGGCUUCGAGACCCUCAGAGGGAUCGACCAGAAGGUUUCGAACUUCCCGUACGGCUUCAAGCUGCAGGAGGCGCAGGCCAUCCUGAGCGAGGUGCGCUCCAUCCGAGACGCCAUCAGCUCCGGAGAGAAGGAGAAACAGGAACUCAUGCAGAAACUGGCGGUGCUGAAGGACGGUUUCCAGCUGGACUCUGGGUCGCAGCCCGACCUGUGGGGCAGCAGUCCCUCGCUCGCCAACUCCUCCCUGUCCAUCCCGCGGCUCUACUCGGAGGCCGGCUCUCAGACCGACAUCCCUGCAGAGUUCCUCAGCAGCAGCAACAAACUGGCGGAGAAGGUUCGUCUGAGUCUGAAGUACGAGGAGGCCAAGAGAAGGAUCGCCACCAUCGAGGUGCAGAUCGCCAAACUGGACAGCGAGGCGUGGCCGGGGCUGCUGGACCCCGAGCGAGACCGGCUCAUCCUCAUCAACGAGAAGGAGGAGCUGCUGAAGGAGCUGCAGUACGUCCGGCCCCGCCAGCGGCUGCAGCCCAACGACGCCGAGAAGCUGGAGUCCGAGAAGAAACGCCUGGAGAGAGACCUGCAGGCCGCCAGGGACAACCAGAGCAAGGCCCUGACCGAGAGGCUGCGACUUCACUGCAAGAGAAACAAACUGGUCCGGGAGCUGGAGGAGAUGGUUCGACUGGCCACGUCACUUCACACUCAGCUGAAAAGCCUCUCGGCCAGCACCUUGUCCUGUUCCUCCGGCAGCAGUCGAGGAUCCUUGACGUCGAGCCGCGGUUCCCUCGCCACCACCUCCAGCCUGGGCUCCACCUCCUCGCUCAGCUUCACCGACAUCUACCUGGAGCAGCCCGAGCUGGCCGACCCGGACUUCCAGAACAAGCUGGACAGCCUCCUGCAGGAGGGCGGCCAGGGCGGCUACCGCCCCUCCAGCUCCAUCACCACCAUCCACGAGCACGAGGUGGUGACGGGCUGCGGGGGCAGGGACGCUGGGACGCCCGAGGACAAAACGGGAGGGGGGGGAGGAGCCACGAGAAGCCCAGCUGGAGGGGGCGCAGGGGGCGGAGGAGCGGAGCCGGGCUCCACCAGGAUCCAGGCCCUCAGACUCUCAGAGACUCCUCGCUCCAUGAGCUCUUUAUCGCCUCGCUCGUCCCUCUCCUCGCUCUCUCCGCCUUGCUCCCCGCUGGUCACAGACACUAGCUUCCUGUCCGGUGAGACGUUUACAGGCCAGACGGGUCCCGGUGGACUAGGCCUGGACCUGGAGCUCCACAGUCGGCUCACGGAGCUGGAGCUCAGCCUGGACGCUCAGGAGCAGCGACAGGACGAGAGCUCGGGGGGGCGGGAGGAGAAGCAGAACGUCACCACCUCGCUCAGCGGGGACGUCAAAGACUUGGCUCCUCAGCUGAGGGGGACGGGGCCCAAGAUGGUGGGCGUGUCCUCGGCGGUGUCUGACGAGUCGGUGGCCGGUGACAGCGGCGUGUACGAACCGUCAGAGCGCAAGCCGGGCCUCCCUGCCGACCUCCUCCUCGGCUCCUUCGAGGAGCGUUUGGCGCCCGACUGCUCUCAGGUGCAGCUCGGCUUCCGCUACGAGUCCAGGGACCAGCGCUUCACCGUGUCCGUCAUGCAGCUGUCCAACUGCAGCGCCCUCUGUCUGCCGGCUGACCAGAAAAUGUAUGUGCGUGUGGCGGUGCUGCCCUGCGUGGAAACCUCCCGCUGCCUGUUCAGAACCCGCGGCUCCUCGUCCCAGGACGCCGUGGAGAUCAAUGAGGUGUUCGGCAUGCAGAUAUCCCAUGGUGCACUGCGCCAGAAAACCCUGAGGGUGGACGUGUGCACCACCAGCAGGUCGGGCCACGAGGAGUGUCUGGCCGGCGCUCAGAUCAGUUUGGCUGAUGUCAGCUGUUCGGAUGAGAGACGCACAAAGUGGUACAACCUGCUGAGCCGCGCCUACAUGCCCGACAUCAACAAGGAGGACGAGGAGAGCCGAGCAGCCGGCGGCUCAGACCGGACGCGUGUUUCCAGCAGCGACACGGUCGGAGCUUCUGAGGACGACGAGUGGCACGGUGACACGCUGGAGGCCGACCUGUUCGAUGAUGAAGAAGGAAAUGGUGUGGGGGGAGUUGGGCCUCUGGAGGAGGAAGAGUUAUAUCCCGACAGCAGCCAAUGGGAAGCAGAAGAAGAGGAAGAGGGGGAGGAGGAAGAGGAAGAGGAGGCAACUGAACCUCCUCCUCCUCCUCCUGCGACAGGAGCACGGAUCCCAGAGAAGGUGAACAAGGAGACGAAUGUCCACGGUUUGUCCUCGUCCCAGCACUGCUCCGUGGUCCGUCCCAAAGAGCGGCGCCCGGACGUCCACCAGCAGAACCCGUUCAUGAGAGGGAACACCAUCAUCCGCUCCAAGACCUUCUCCCCCGGCCCUCAGAGCCAGUACAUCUGCAGGAUAAACCGCAGUGACAGCGACAGCUCCACGCUCUCCAAGAAGUCGCCGUUUGUCAGAAACGCCUCCGAGAGACGCAGCAUGCGCAUGAAGAAGCCUCCAGUGCAGGUCAAAGGUCUGGACGGGCUCCUGCGGACGUCCAUGGACCUGGAGUUGGACCUGCAGGUGUCCCGGACGCGACAGGCCCGGCUGGCCCAGGAGCUGCGGGUUCUGCGGGAGCUGAAGACGCAGCUGGAGAAGGCGAGACAGCUGGGCCAGAGAGAGCUGCCGGCCUGGGUCCAAGAAGACGAGCGCUUCCGCAUCCUCCUCAAACAGGCGGAGAAACAGACUCGAGAGGAGCAGCUGCAGGAGAAGCGAGUGGAGAAGAGGAUGCGAGCAGCAGCCAAGGACGUCCACAAGAUCCGGGGCCAGAGCCGCAAAGAGGUUCCCGAGGUCCAGACCUUCAGAGAGAAGAUGGCGUUCUUCACACGAGGGCGGAGCAGCAUCCCCGACCUGCCGGCCGACAGCGUGUAGAGAAGCAUUUCAAAGUACCCCCCCCACCCCCCCCACCACCACCCCCCAGUCUCAACCUGCUGUUCCCACAAAUGAAGCAAAUGUUUGGCGGUGUUAUGAAGAAUUAAAAAAUAUAUAUAUAAUAUGUUUUGGUAGAAAAACAGACAAAAAAAACGUGAAGAAACAGAUUUUUAAAGCGUGUUUCUACUGUGGAUAGUGUUCAUUUGUAAAUUAGUGACGGCACUGCUUUCGUUUUUAUUUCACUCUCUUCACGUCUUUGUGUUUCUGUGACUAACAGGAUGUUUAUAGGCUUUUAAAUCAUUCCAGCACAAAGUCACUCAGCUACGUACAAAGAGCUUUGUACGGAAACGGCACAUUUAAACAUAAAGAGCAAACUUUACGUUUAUCGGAAGCACAAAAUGAAAUCAGACGACGGUACUACAGGAAAAAACUUCGGCUGGUGAUGAAACUAAAAUAAAUAUCUGCUCUUCAGUGAUAUUUGAUACUUAAAAUCAUGUGUUUUUUGUACUUUAUACUCAGACGUACGAGCACACACUUCGAUUUUCCUUUUUUAGAACUUUGUUUGUUUUUAUUGUUGUUCCUCACCAGACACUCGUGAACAUGGAUGUUUCCUUAGAGUUAAAUCUUUAAUAUUGUUUCACGUCAAAACAAAUUUUUACACGUUUAACACGACGUCAGUCUGAAGGAAAAUCUCCGUUUGUUCGCAUCUCGUACUCACGCAGUUGUUCUCGUCUCGUCUUUCCACUUCACUUGGUGUUUACUGCCCCCUGGUGGUCGAUACACUUUCUAACCAAAUCAACGAGGACUGAAACCUUAAGAAUUAUAACUUGAAUAUUUCCAAACCCAACACAGUCAUGGGGUCGACCUCCUGACGCUGGUCUGAGGUGCACGGCACCGUGUCGUCAGCCAAACGUCGGAUUCUACUCUUUACGUCACGAUAACUCGGAGAAGGAAACUUUGUAAAACCAUCUGGAUCUGACGUGAAAAGUGUCACGAUGGUCUCACGCACACACACAGACACACACACACCCACUCAUGGAGGUGUAGAAACCGCACUAACACUCAGGUAGUUGAUCGGAUAGUCUGCACUUUAACACAAAAUGUACUGGAAUGAUUGUUGUUGUUGUGGAAACACACAGGAAGUGAAGAUCCAAUGUAUUUUUGAUGACUGUGAACUUCUUAUUGAUUCUUUGAUUGUUUGACUGGAAGUGACUAAACCCCGCCCCCUUCACAAGAGCUCACCAGCAGCCAAUAGGAAGACAGACGUUCUCCUGAGCUUCACUCUGAAUGGCUGGAUAAAAUAUUGUCUGCCCUGAUGAAAACUGUUUUAUGAGGUUUAUAUAAUUUUGAUGUUUUCCCUGUGAAACUGGAUAUUUUAGAAACGUAUCUGCGUCUCUGAGAACUGGACGUUAACACGGUGCCCAGCUAAACUAUCGAUAUUAUGGAUUUAGAUCAUAAUUCUAUUGUUCACACUCAAACUACUGGAGCUGCUGAAGAUCAUGAUAUCUGCUUCAGGAGUAGGAUAAUGAAAUGUUUAAUUAAAAAUCUUUUCUGAUAAAUAAAUAUGUCCAUCUUGCUUUUACAGCUUGUUCAGAUGCCCCCAAGUGGCCAACAUUUAAAUAACAGGAAAUUUUAAUUUGUACUUUUGUUGUUUCAUGACAAUUAAUUAAAGGUAUUUAUAAAGGGUAAUAACAGGGACAUACAGUACAAAUAAAUAUAUAAAUCUAAAUAAAAAACAUGUAGAAAAGAAACAAAACAGUUCAUCUCGAUGAUGCAGUUCCCAAAAUAUACAAAAAUGUUCGAGGGAAAGAUUUAGAGAAAAGUUUACAAAUUUAAGAAUUCCUCAAGUAACUUUCUCCGGUGAACAAACUCCUCGUUUAUCAAAUUAUUACCCGACUGUUUCAAAAGAGUUUCCAUUCGUUAUAUUUGAGGCCAUGACACUUCUGCUCCGCCCACGUGGUCCCGAUGUGAACUCGACUGUUGCUGACAGGAAUCCAGAUGCUGCUGUCCUCCUCAUUCCAGAUGUGUCUUAUUUUGACUGUUUGUAGAAACGCAGCAGCUUUGAAAAACAGAGAAUAAGAAUUUAAAGAUCUCAGAAUCAUGUUAAUCUUCUGUUGACUUCUAUUUUAAAAGACCAACGGAGGAGGUUUUGAUUUUGACCUUUAAAAUAGUCUCUACUUCCUGUUUCCUUCUUUUUACGUCCCACUCAAAAACAGACUUGAUUUUACGAUUAAAUAAAUACUGAAAAAAAGGAAAAUUGAUUGUUUCACCACAUUCAGGUAGAAGUAGGAAUAUUUUUGCACAAACGUCUAUGAAAAUAUUACGCAUCCUACACGUUCAUGAUAAUCACACAACACUAUCAAAUGAUUCACGUGUAACUGAAUGAAACGCUGAGAGGACGAUAACGACCGGGCUGCGUUCACAUCGCAGGAAAUAAACGUAAUCAGGAUAUCGACGCGUGAUCAGUCUGAACAGUCGAUCAGUAUCAGAUCGAUACCAAAGAUUUAACAGCUUGUGUUCACGCUGAAACAACAGGCUCCUGGUGUCGUGGUCGUCUGACGCUCACGAUUCUCGUGUGUUUUCCAAACUGGUCGGGAGCGACAGAUGUUUCUCAGCAACAAUGUGGAAGUGUUAGCAUUUAGCGAAAAAUCUUCAGCUUCCACUGAAGUAAUAAUCAGACGAAACAUCGGAACAAAAGGGCAAUUUAAGAGUUACGUAAAUUUAGAUCCGACUGUUCAGACAGAGAUCACGUCAAAGUGUUGGAGUCACAUGAGUGCCCCCUGCUGGUGAACGCUGCCCCCUGCUGGUGAACGCUGCCCCCUGCUGGUGAACGCUGCCCCCUGCUGGUGAACGCUGCCUUGUGCAAGUUAUUAGUGAAACACUGUGAAAUGAAUGAAAGUCUACGGAGUCGUGAAGGUGCCUUCAGAGACUACGGAAGAUGAUCAGGGCCGUAUUAAAUGUAUUUUUUAAAUCUUUCAGAAUUGUAUUUUCCGUAGCCCUCUUCAUCUUCCGUAGGGAGCAACAACUCAAAUGUUAUUGUUCCUUUUUUAUUUCCUGUUUUCUUCUUUUAUUUCAUCUCGUGCCCAAACAACCUUCUGACGCAGAGCAGCCGAACCUGUGGAUAAACGUUUGUGUUCAUUUUCUUAAUGUACGGUUUAUUUUGUAUUUUCCUCCACGUGUAGACGGACUAGAUUUGAGUUAUAGAACUUUUUGUCGCCGUCUAUGUCGUUAAAAUCCACUUUGUCUUGAUCGAAUGUUUUUUAACCUCUAAAACAAUAAAAGACUUGUUUAUCAGAAACGUCUGGAUGAAGGAAUGUAGGUUUUUAUUUUGACAAAUCAUGAUCAUUGAGAAAAUAAAACAAACGCUGUUCGUCACAUGAUUAUUUUUUCAUCGUGUAGGUUGUGAUUUAAUUUCCUUUUGAAGUUUAAGUGUAUUUUUUCCUUGUUUAAUGAUUUUUUUUGUAUUCUAAUGAAUCUGUUUGUGUUGCGACUGGUGACGAAGCUGGAGGCGGCUCGAGGAACAUGCAGCAUGUAUUUAUUGCACUUUUGUGAUUUGGGUGUGCUUUUCCUGUUUGUGUUUUUUCUUUUCAUCGAGAGAGUUCUGAAAAGCUGUGAAUUUUAUUCUCGGACACUGUUCUGUCGACCAGAGUUGUAAAUAUUUCACCAGCACAAAAAAAAAAAAAACGACGAUAUGUUUUGUAGUUUCACAACAAAUAAAAAAAAAGGAAAGUUCUUCUCUUCUA